AUGGGGGUUUCGGUGGUGCUAACGCAGGAACAGGGUUGCGACGGCGCGAGAGAGAGGGGGAGAUUGGCCGUGCCGCAUACGCUUGGCCAUUGCAUCCAGCUUGGGCUGUUGACUGUGACCGGAAAUCAAUAUAAUCUAGACGCAGCGCGUUACAUUCCUCGCUUCUUUUGCUUCCCUCCCCGCCAACCUGCACCGCCUGCUUUCCACUCAGCAUACCCGCAGACAACGAAGACCCUUGGUUCUUCAGCCCUUCCUUACGAAAACAGUCAUUCUUUCAAAGAGCCUAGUACUCUCUCUCCAAACGUCAAAAUGUUCGCAAAGGCUUCUGUCGUCACCUUCUUCGCCAGCCUUGCUGCUGCGCAGCUCCACGCCCCAGUUGGCCAGCCUUCUGGCAAUGCCAUCACUCGUCCUUUGAACGAGAUCGUCCCCGCCUGCAAGCCCUUCACCAUCACAUGGGAUCCCAGCACCCCCAACACCGUCUCGGUGCUCCUCCUCAAGGGCCCCGCCACCAACGUCGUCAAGCACGGCCCCUCGCUCGCUGAGGGCAUCGCUAACAGCGGUAGCCUCGCCUGGACCCCAUCCUCCGACCUCGAGGCCACCACUGGCCCCAACGGCUACGGCAUCCAGAUCAUCGACGAUGUCACCGGCCAAUACCAAUACAGCACCCAAUUCGGCAUCUCCAAGGACGGCUGCGCCGCCGUCUCCAGCGCACCAGCCGCUUCCCCAAGCCCUACCCCCAGCCCGGACAUGGGCAGCGGCUACCCAACUGGCACUGCCACCCCCGUUGUCUCUUCCUCUUCCUCUGCUGCUGGUGGCUACGGCGAGCAACCCCCGGCUUCGCACGCCUCUGUCGUUUCCAGCCAGGCCCCCGUCCAGAGCCCCCAGCCCCCUUACCCCACUCCCGUCAUCGUCACCUCAGUUGGCCCCAACGGCACUGUUGUCCCUCCCACCGGCGGCAUGCCCAUUCGCCCUACCAGUUCUGGAAACAGCACUGCGUCUCUUCCCGAGCACACUGGUGCUGCCGCUGCUCUCCAGGCUGGUUUGAGCUUUGUCGGUGCUGCGGCUGUUGCGGCGUUGAUGUUGUAG